UCUCUCGCUCAGCAAGUUUUGUAUGUGCUAGUCUUUGCGUGGAGGCGCACUUGUUGAUCAAAGUUCCAAUCAGGGUCUGUGCCUUCAGACUAGAGUGACCCUCCGAACAAGAAUGUGCCAGUUAUUGGUCAACGUGCGUGAUGCAUAUUCACGAUAGUGAACUGUAUCUAUAUUGAUAGAUAAACGAUGUUGAUCUGUGGCCGUACAUCUCAUGCACGGAUCUUUUCAAGCCAAGCACUGAUUACUACGAUUUAAUGAACGAUUCUUAAGGAGAAAUCCCAGAAGAAAUUAACCCUGGAACGCAACAUAAUCAUAAAGGUCUAUACAUUUCUCUCAGGACAACAGAUCACCGAGAAAAGGGAAAAACUUUACUGAAAUGAGAUAAAUGCACCGUAUUUGGUAUUCAACUUCGCAAAACCUCGAGGAGAUUGUUAUUCCUAUCGAGAUACCAAAGUACUUGAAGUGAAAUCAACCAACUGGUCGUUAUUGAAAGACAAAAAAAUCACAUUGGCCAUUGUCUUCAUAGACUAAAAAGGAGCCUUCGGGAAUAAGGAGCUAUGUUUGUUCAUGUCGCGAGAACAGUCAGCUCGGUGGUUCGAGCUCCUGGACGAAUACCCCCUCUAAUCUCACCAUGGAGUUCGGCUAGAUACCAUUCGAGAAUAGCAACAAUAAGUUCUUCCGUAGACAUGCAAAAGCUGAUGACGUAUGAAAAUGGAGAAAAGGGCAAAUCUAUCUUCACACGAAAAGAGAUGCAACGGCGAGUCGACGCCCUACGGAGUCAUAUGCUCGACAACGAGAUCGGCGGCGUACUUCUGACAUCGAUGCACAACAUCAAAUACUUCUCCGACUACCUUUAUUGCAGCGUGGGUCGCCCCUACGGGCUCGUCAUCACCAUGGACAAGGUGAUCAAUAUCGCAUCUCUCGUCGACGCUGGCCAGGCCUGGCGGAUGUCACCUUAUAGCGACGACGUGGUCAUCUACACCGACUGGCAUCGGGACAACUUUUGGAGCGCGGUUGAGCACCUUCUCGGCAACACUUCGGGGAAGAUCGGAGCCGAAUUUGACCAUAUACCUCAUGCAGGGAAACUGAAGUUAGGACAAGCCUCAUCUCGAGACGACAUCGUCGAUGUCGGUAUACCCAUCAUGCAGAUGCGGAUCAUCAAAUCACCUGAAGAAAUAGCUGUUGUAAAAGAAGGAGCCCGCAUCGCAGACCUGGGCGGAGAAGCUGUGGCGUCUGCGAGCGUAGAGGGCGCUGCUGAAUACGAAAUCGCCCAGCAUGCGACGACCGUCAUGAUGCGAGAGGUGGCGAAAACGUUCCCAUACUCAGAUAUUCGAGACACAUGGUCAUGGGUUCAGACUGGGCCAAUCAACACAGACGGUGCACACAAUGCAACCACGACACGAACACUCAUCAACGGCGACAUCAUCGUCCUCAACGUCUUCCCUAUGAUCGCCGGAUACUUCUCAGCAUUGGAAAGAACCCUGUUCCUAAACCACGUACCUUCAGACCGCCAUCUUGAAGUAUGGCAGGUAAACUGCGAUGUUCACCGGCGCGGUAUGGAGCUCGUCAAACCCGGUGUCAAGUGCUGCGACAUUGCGCUGGAGUUGAAUGAGAUGUACCGGGAGAAGAACCUGCUUCAGUACCGGAACUUUGGCUAUGGACACUCAUUCGGGGUUCUGUCUCAUUACUACGGGCGCGAAGCUGCACUCGAACUGAGAGAAGACAUCGAGACUGUGUUACAACCCGGCAUGGUACUGUCCAUGGAACCACAUCUCACAAUACCCGACGGGCAGCCUGGCACUGGAGGCUACAGGGAACACGAUAUCAUGGUUGUGACAGAAGAGGGCGCUAGCUCGAUAACCAAAUUUCCGUAUGGACCAGAAUAUAACAUCAUCCACAAAUGAUGACUUAAUCAUGAAUGUAAUUAAACUUUUAUCAAACGAUCAAUCAAUGUAGCAAUUCCAGUUUAAAUUGCAAUGAUCCUGAUUAAACUACUUAAAGGUUCUUAAAGGAUUUGGAAGAAUUAUCUCGGCAAGCCAGAUAUUGGCUGUUUUGGUGUGUAAUUUUCCACAGCAAGGUCAGAUCAUCUACUGACAUAUGUAUUAAAGGUUUAUGUAAUUGUAUACUCUUCUUUAUUGUAUAUACAUCUAGGCCUAGGUAAAAGGAUGUGAAUUUAGUGGGUGUCGUUUUUGUGUGUGAUUAAUUUUGUUUAAUAUUAUGCAACAGUACUGUAGAACCCCGGGGACACCUAUGAUAGAUAUAUCCGUAUGUGCAUGGGACCGCGUUCCCAAGAAAAUUAUUUUCAACCUUUUUCAUCGGCCAGCCCGUUCUCCCUCUAUCCUAAGUUCCUCUUUUCAGACGUCAUUGAUCGAAUACCCCCAUUCCAUGUUCAAUUCCAGUUCCCAAAUCACACAAGAGGGCCAUUUAGUUCUUAAGCUCAUCAUUUCUAAGCAACUUCAAGUUAUGGUUUCAGAUUUUGGGGGCACACCCCCUCCCCUUUCCAAGUCAGAGUGCCCCUCCCCUUUCCGGUGUCGAGAAAGUGUUCAGAUUCAUUGUGCCAUCGUAUUACAACCUGUUUUAUAUUGAAAACGAAAGAAAUAUACGUAUAAUAAAUAUACUUGUGUAUUUUUUUUCUUUUGGAAAACACGUUAA